UUGGCUGAAGAAGAUGGCGGCCUCCUCAGGAGUUAAAGUUCCUCGCAAUUUUCGUUUGUUGGAAGAGCUGGAAGAGGGACAGAAAGGUGUGGGUGAUGGCACAGUCAGUUGGGGCCUGGAGGACGAUGAGGACAUGACUCUAACACGGUGGACAGGCAUGAUCAUUGGACCUGCGAGAGUGGAUGCACGAAGCAUACCAGUUCUAGCGAAAUGGCAAAAUUCUUAUAGCAUAAAAGUCGUUCUUCAAGAGCUAAGGCGUCUCAUGAUGUCCAAAGAGAAUAUGAAGCUUCCGCAACCACCAGAAGGACAGACGUACAGCAAUUAAUUGUAAAUGAUUGUUCUGACCCUCUGUCUUAGAAAUGUCUUGUACAUCAUGAAAGAAGCUCACUCCACACAUCCAGAAUCUCCAGUGCAGGUGCAGAAUUGGACAUUUCCAAUAGUUUAGCUUAUACAAAAGAAAAUGCCUAAAACGCAAGACACACAGUGGGAAAUUUUAUUUUACAACUGAGUGCACAAAAAAGUCUGGCCCAGUAUUGUUCCUUUGAUCAUAAGCUUUACGUUUAUGUUUCGACUUGGCUUAGAGAGAAACAUGGUAGCAGGGUGGGGGGCUUGCAGGUUUAUUUCUCAUUUUAAGGUAAAACCACGGGACACCAAAAUUAAAAUUACAGUCUGUGUGUGAUAACAUGAGAAACCUUUGGGUAGUUAAAAAUAAAAAGUUGUAAUUUGUGAAUUGAACUGGGUGAGUUGAAACAUCUCACUGAUUUACUGUUGUAAGGAUUAUUAAAGCGUGCCUGUAGUUUACUUGUAGUACCACAGAGGGGAAAAGGUUCUUUUAAGAAAAAAAAAAUCUGUAUUUGACAGAAUGCCAGUUUGUUUCUGUGCUUCAUUUUUUGUUUUUGUUUUUUUUCCCCUCUUCAUUGUGAGAGAUUUUCUUUUCUAAAUCAACCCUUGAAUGAAACUCUACAGAAAAUGUUGGGUAUCAACAUGUGACACACUGAGAUUUAGGUUUAAUUUUCAGUUUAACCUCGAGUAUGUCACCAUCAGAAUUGACUUCUGGCAGCAGUAUCACUGGUCCCGUUCCCUAUGGCAGAUCCUUCCAUCAGAGUCCCACUCACAGCAGACACAGAGCCUGCUGAUUUUGACUAUCAUGGAAAUAAAAUGGGAGAAAGAUUUAUCCUUACUGACGAGCACCUUUUUCUCAAACGUAGAUUUAUUUCUGUUAAAAUAUCUGUCUUAGCUCUUGUAAAUGGUGACUAAAACACAGAACCCCUGUAGAUGGCAAGGUUUUGCUGUAAAACUGCGGAUCCAUUGGGUGGCUUUUAGUAGCGCGAACUCUGCUUCAUUACAGUAAUUGCAUAGAUGAUGAUUAUGUAAAGAAAACAUUCAGUGGCAGCUGUUGCCAUUCAUAAGAAGCCAAGAUUGUGAAAACCCCAGACAGUUAUUCUCACUGAUAUGUGAUGUGUCUGUUGCAUAUGAGAAUCCUCUCUCUUGCUCUCUUUCUCUCUCAGUCUCUCUCUUUUUUUUUUUUUUAAAUCUACACACCGGUUAUUUUGACUUUGUGACACCAGGCUGUGUUCAGGAUAAUUAAAUGAACAUUAUGU